AACGGAGCAUUCACACAGUGAAAACUAUCUGGAAAAGUCUCUGCUGAACAACCAAAGCAUAUCAGGAAUAGAAAACAUGAAAAUCAUUCUACUCCUUCUAUUCAUUGCCCCACUUGCUCUUUCAGUUAGGGCUGAAAAGGACUUCUCUCUCCUUGAUUCUGCUACAUCUCCUGAGACAAAAUCAAGAUUUGCCAUGCUAGAUGAUGUCCGAAUCUUAGCCAAUGGACUCCUCCAGCUUGGGCACGGUCUUAAAGACUUUGUCCACAAGACAAAGGGACAGAUGAAUGAUAUCUUUCAAAAACUUUACAUUUUUGAUAGGUCUUUCUAUGAGCUCUCACUGCAAACCAGUGAAAUCAAAGAAGAAGAAGAACAACUCCGACAAACUACUGCCAGACUGCAAAUCAACAAUGAAGAGAUAAAGAAUCUCUCGCAGGAGAUGAACCUGAAGAUUGAAGACCUUAUACAAAACAAAAUCCAGCUGCAAGAGAAAGUAUGGGGACUGGAGGACAAGGUCACUAAGUUGGCCAUUAUCCAGCCUACAGUGCAGGAGACAAAUGAAAUUUCUUCACUCAAAGCCUUCGUGGAGCAGCAGGACAAUCACAUCAAGCAACUCCACAAAAUCGUGGAGGACCAGCAUGUGCAGCUGGACAAACAGCACAACCAAAUAAUGGAGCUGGAGGACAAGCUAAACCACAUUGAGCUCCAGGAACUCACAGAGAAUUCCUUCACCGAGGAGCAAGCAGAAUCAAAUGAGGGCAGCCCCUUCCUUGUGCACAACUCCACAGCCGCAAUGCACAAACUGAAAGGUGCCACUCCUGACUGCACUGCUCUCUACAACAGUGGCAUACGCUCCAGUGGUAUUUACACUAUUAAGCCCAACAGCUCAGAAGCUUUCGAUGUCUACUGUGAAAUGAAAUUUGGCACUUCCUGGACAGUAAUCCAGAACAGAGUGGAUGGAUCACUAGAUUUCAACCAAACCUGGGAUGCCUAUACAAACGGUUUUGGUGAUCUCAAUGAGGAAUUCUGGCUAGGCCUGCACAAGAUCUACUCCAUCACUAAACAAGGAGACUACAUCUUACGGAUUGAGCUGCAGGACUGGAAAGAUAACAAACGUUACAUCGAAUAUGCAUUCACCCUGGGAGGCCCUGAAACAGACUACGUGCUGCAGCUCUCACGGAUCUCUGGGAGCAUCCCCAAUGCACUGCCAGAGCAGACAGAACUGCGCUUCUCAACUGCAGACCAUGAUAUGGCCAUAAUAAAUGACCUCGACUGCCCACAAAACUACCUAGGAGGCUGGUGGCACAGUGAAUGUGAGGAAACCAAUCUUAAUGGGAAGUACGUUGCACCAAGGUCAAAAGGAAGACUAGACAGAACAAAAGGCUUGUACUGGAAACCUAGGAAUGGAAGAUACUACCUGCUCAAGUCAACCAGAAUAAUGAUUCACCCAACAGACUUAAAAAUUUUUGACUGAAUGCUCAACCGGAUGCAUUUCACAGCUAAUACACUGAGCAUCAAAGAAAUUCCUAUUAUGUUUAAUAUCAGGUGUGUGUCCAAAUCCAUACACUGUAUGGUGCAUUCUCCAAUGACAUAAACCCUGAGGCACAUAUGAUGGUCUUACUGUAUGUUUGGUGAGUAUUCUCAUUCAUCCUAGCCCAAAUGCCAGUGUGCUAGAAGUUCAGAGGGGCUUUCAUCUCCCUGGGAUCAAACCCCAUUGCCUAGUAAACAGAUGCCUAUCUAUUUAUUAGAUAACAUUGCUUGGGAGAAAGGGUUUUAUGGCUGCUGCAUUAACUUCUGGGCAGUGCAGGAGGGUACAGGAAGUGUUCAAGCAAACAGAAAGCACUGGCAAAGUACUACAGAGGACCUGUAGGUAUUGAGACCGUGGGAAAAGAAAGAAAUUGUGUUUCAUACAGUAACUAAUUGGAUGUUUGGUUCACUUCACUGCUGUUGAAUGCUCCUACGAGGAAAUGAAAGAUGAGCAACUCCCUAUUUUAGGGUUCUGUGUAUUUCCAGACAAACUUCUGGCAGUGUAUGUCAGGCCAACUUUUGCUGAAGUACUGUACUCAUGCAGCUGCAGAGAUGUACACACACAUAAAGCAAGCCAUGGUGUAGACCUAAUCUCUUAGAUAUCACACUUCAAAAAAUAACUGAACCAUGCUUUCAAACUGAAACUUAAGAGCUAAACUUCAAAGCUCACUGAAAGGAGUGAGAGAUUUUCUCAUUUGAGACAGCUUCAGACCCAUCCCUUUGUGACCUUUCAAAACACCUCACUGAGAACUUAAUAAGACCAAGAGAGCACAGGACAAAAUGACUUUCAGAGAACAGCUGAAUAACCUGUGCCUGUGAUACCAUCCAACAAACCCUGUAGGCCAAGCUGAGGUGCUGCUGCUCCUGAAAACACAUUCGUAUUUGUUUAACUUCAGCUGCAGAAUCCUCCAAGGCAGUAGGACUGUCAACACGUUUACAGAUGGCUUGAUGUGGAACUGUUUAUUGACAAAGACCUCAAUUCUGCACUUAUACUGAGUCAUAUUGACUUGUCUAUUUUAUCUUGUACAGUAUGGAUUUUCUAUCUCAACAUUUGCAACCAUACAAAAAGUGGUUUUAACACGUGAUAUGUCAGAGUAAAGAAACUGUGAACAGAAUGUGCUACUCGCACAGGAACUGCAAGGAUACUACAACUUCUUAUGGAUUCAUUGCAAAGCAGAAAACACACAGUGCUGCACAUUUGUACUGGAGGACUGUAGUGUAUAAUUAUAUAAUUUCCACCAAAAAAAAAAAAA